AUGGGGCACAUUCGUUCUCGGUGUCCCAAGAAUCCACGCGCCUUCAAGUCUACGGGCAUUCAUCCGCCCAGCUUCGAGGUCGGGUUCUGUUUCGAAAACCGAAGCUGUCCCAGCUAUUGUGUCAGCGGAACUAUAAAUGGGUCAUGGGCAUCUACGAUCAUCAGGGACACCGGUUGCUCAUUCUCCUCAGCGCUAGUCUCUUCGCCACCUGCUGACGUCGCCUCGCCACCCUCGCAUGCCACCUCCCCUCCAGCAAAGAUCCUAGCUGUGGAGACACGGUCGGCGAAGGUGAAGCGCCUGCAUCCCCUGGUUCUGCCGAAAUUGCAGCCGCUGACUGUGACUCCCAAGGAAUUUGCCAAGCUUCAAGACUCGUAUUUGGUUGGACCACUUUCACCCCCUUCCUCUGCGGGGCACAGGUAUGUACUCACGUUAAUUGAUUUCGCCACCGGGUUUCCAGAAGCCUUGCCCUUGAAGGAAAUUGAUUCUAUUUCUGUGGCCGAAGCAUUGCUUGUGAUCUUCUCUCGCGUAGGCAUACCACGGGAAAUUCUGUCAGAUAGGGGGACUCAGUUUACCUCUCAGUUGAUGGCGGAGCUUCACAAGUUGCUGGGAGUUAAGCCGUUAUUUACCACCCCUUUUCACCCUAGUGGUAAUGGACGAAUUGAGAGAAUGCAUGGGCCCCUGAAAGCGUCGCUGCGGAAAUUGUGUGCCGACAAACCCAGAGAGUGGCACCGGUAUCUUGUCCCCACGUUAUUUGCGCUGAGAGAAAUUCCUAGCGACCGGACCGGGUUCUCGGCGUUCGAGUUAUUAUACGGCCGAGCCGUGAGAGGCCCGCUCUCGGUGUUAAGGGAUCUGUGGGAGGACACCAGUAUAGAAGACGACGAGCGGACUCACUACCAGUAUGUCCUUGAAUUACGGGACAAACUUUCACAGUGUGCCAAGAUCGCCGCGCAGAAUGCUGACAUUAGUAACACCAAAUAUAAGGCCUAUUUCGACGUCAAAUCACUAGAUCGUCAAUUUAUUCCGGGGGAUGAAGUGUUAGUGCUCUUGCCUGAUAAGAAGAGCAAGUUGCUUGUUUCCUGGAAUGGGCCUUACAAAGUCCUAGAGAAGCGGAGUAGGGCCCACCUUAACUUUGCUCAUGUCCUAGAUAACGAUUCUAAGCUAGAGUCAGUCGAGGCACUACCCUGCGAGGAGUCGGGAAUAAUUCCGGCACCAGACUCGGAUGAUCUCGGUUGCCAGCUACCGAUAACUCCAGAUGGCAUAGUAGAAUCCCCUUCGACUGACGAUGGGCCCGCACUUAAACCUGGAUUGGAGAGGAACCAACGUGCUGACAUUGAGGACUUGAUUGCUAACUUUGAGGAUGUAUUCUCAAACGUCCCGGGAUGCACAUCCACUGUACACCAUGACAUCCUCCUCACAACCACUCAGCGUGUGCAGGCCAAAGUUUAUCCUGUCCCUAUUCAUCUCCAGAGUUAUUUUGAAGAAGAGGUCGACCGUCUACUUGAGCAGGGAAUCAUCCAAUUGUCAUCGUCCCCUCACUGCUCUCCGGUGGUUAUGGUGCGUAAGCAGGAUGGUACUUUUAGGAUGGCCAUUGACUACAGGGCGUUAAAUGAGGUAACUGUCUUUCAUGCCGAGCCCGCCUGUUCUAUGGAGGAAGACUUGCACAAGUUCUCAGGGGCGAAGUACUUCUCGGAGCUGGAUCUAUGUAAAGCUUACUACCAGGUACCCUUAACUGAACGCGCAAAACCACUAACUGCAUUUCCUACUCGUAGAGGAUUGAUGGAAUUCUGCCGACUUCCAUUUGGGCUGGUGACUGCUUGUGCCACGUACAUCAGGCUGAUGCGCCUCGUCCUUGCCGGUUUGCCUAGAGUUUCUUUUUAUUUUGACAACAUUUUCAUAUAUUCCUCAGAUUGGCAAGAACAUCUUGGCGACGUUAAAGCUGUCUUGGAGAGGUUAAGGGGACAUACUUUGACGAUAAAGCCAUCUAAGUGCCGCUUUGGAUUUGAGUCUAUUCAUUAUCUUGGAUUCGUGCUAGAUGGUCGGCAUCUUCGUCCCCAACCUGAGAAAAUACAAGCCCUUUGUGAGGUGUGUCCUCCUACAACUAAGAAACUCCUCCGUAGUUUUCUCGGUAUGAUCUCUUUUUAUAAAGCUUUCAUUCCCCAGGCAUCUGAGUAUACCGGACCCUUAUCUGACCUGCUAAGGAAAGGCCACCGGGAGCCUCUUGUCUGGAACGACGACCUGCUGGCCAGAUUUAAUCGUCUCAAGAAUUCGCUAUCCACGCAGCCCAUCCUCAAACUGCCUGAUCAACACUUAACCUUCGUUCUUAGGACGGACGCCUCCAGUCAUGGCCUAGGAGCCGUCCUCCUCCAAUAUGUUCAGGCAUGUCCUCACCCAGUGGCCUAUGCCAGUAGGAAGUUACUAGAUAGGGAGAGGAGGUACUCCACCAUUGAACGUGAGUGCUAG